AUGAUAAGCCAGACGAUCCGGCGGAGCCGCAUUGUGGAAGUGCCGGAAGUGCACAUUGUGGAGAAGUUCAUUCCGAAAGUUUCUGUCCAAAACCGCCUCCGCAAAGUCCCCAAACUCGAAGUCCACUGGGUCGAGAAAGUCGUCGAAGUGCCCCACGUGAAGGUGGUGGACAAAAUAGUGGAAGUGCCUCAAGUGCGGGAAGUGCAGCGUUUUGUUCCUCGCGUCGAAAUUCAAGAAGUUGUAAAACAUGUUCCGAAAUACCACAUUCAAAAAAUCGAAAAAUUCGUUGAAGUCCCGCAAAUCCAAGUUGUCGAAAAGUUCGUCGAAGUCCCGCAAAUCCACGAAGUCGUCAAGUACCAGGAAAAGCUGGAGGUGGUGGACGUGCCGGUGCAGCGGCUGCGCUACGUCCCCAAGCCGCAGCUGCAGCUCGUGGAGAAGCUGCGGGCCGUCCCGGGCCCUUUGGAGGUUUUGGAGCUGCAGCAGCAAAUCCCAAAACCCGAAAACAAACUCCAAGUCCUCGAGAGAAUAGUUCCCGAGCCCCAGGUCCAGGAGUACGUGGUGGAGACUCCCGUGGCAGUGCCUUCGCCGCCGGUGGAAGUGCCCGUGGAAGUUCCUGUCUUCGUCGACAUUCCACUUUUGUAUCCCGUCGAGGGAAAAACAAUUCCUCUUCCGAAGCAAAAGGUCUACGAACAAGUCGUCGAAGUCCCCGUGUAA